AUGCAAGGAUUUUCGAAUGGCGAUUUGGACUCUGGAUGGUUGAGCGACACAAUCAAAAGCCGGUCUUUGGAAAUCGAAAUCAAAUCAAUUGAUCGCACCCUCGAGAUGCCUGUCCAAAGCACUUUACGAUCAACCUCCGGAUAUGAAACCGAUGACAGCGCCCCACGCCGAUCUGGACGUGUUACUACUCCUGCACGACAAGCCAGUGGGAUGAUCUGUCCCCCUUCCGACAGUCGACAGUCACUACCCAGCUCAUCUUUUACCUUCUCGAUCAGACCUCGUAAUUCUUCGACCACCAAACAAGUCACCAAUCGAAAGCGAGUCCGUUCUCAAUCUGAAUCAGAAACCCUUCCCGACAUCGAAACCGAAAACGAAUCAGACGUGCCUGAGAUCAUUAGUACUAACAUACGAAAGAUCGCUCCUGCCCGCGGUCGUCAAUCUCAAUCGGGGACGAGGUCAAGCCAAGCCAAGUCCAAGUCUUCAAAGUCGAAAUCUAGUGCUCAAACUGGCCGAAGCAAGGAGGCACAGGCUGAGUCUUGGCUGCUGCUGCUGGGGCAAAUCCUGACCUUGAUCAAGACUCUGAUGAAGACAACCAGCGUGUACGCAAGCGGAAUCGCGGGGCCAAGACCGUUGGUCAAGGUGAAGCAGAUGUGA